UUUAUUAAUCAGCAUCAAAGAUGGCGUGCUUUCGAGAUAAAGUAAAGAAACAUUUUCCGCUCACUGACAUUAAAAGUGUAAUUAAUCUUUUCAAAGAGCAACUUGAGUCAAACGAAGAGCCAAAUCUUGCCCUGCUUUCCAUUGUAUUAGGUUGCAUAGAAAACACAUUGACUUUGAAUAGAGCUGUCCCAACUAACGAUGAUACUAAGUUGCUGCGUCCAAUAUUUCCAAUUGUUGACUUCAGUACAGUGGAUGCUUUGUAUACCCAAUUUGAAACAUUGGUCAAAGGUUCGGUUGACUUAACAAAAUACCCCAGUGGAUAUUCAAAUAGAGAUUUAGUGAAAAAAAUUUCGGAUGUCAUAUGGAGCUCUUUAUCAAGAAGCUUCAAAGACAAAGCUCAUUUACAAUCAUUGUACAGUUUCCUGACAGGAAAUAAACUGGACUGUUUUGGUGUUGCUUUUGGGGUGGUAGCUGCUGCACAAUUGUUGGGUCGCAAUGACAUCCAUUUGUCACUAUCUGAAGAUCAUGCAUGGGUGAUAUUUGGAGAAGAUGGAACAGAUACUGCAGAAGUCACAUGGCAUGGUAAAGGCAAUGAAGAUAAAAGAGGUCAGUCUAUUGCUUUGAGUGUGGCAGAGAAGUCUUGGUUGUACCUCAAUGGUCAUCCAGUCAUUUGUAAUCGUAUGAUUGAGGUCGCCGCCAUUGUGUCUGCAGCAAAUCCAUCCAUCAAUUUUACAACAGACAGUAUUGAAAUGGGAGCACUACAACAGGAGUUGUUAUGGCUCUUAUAUGAUAAAGGACAUCUCUCCAAAUAUCCCAUGGCUCUAGGUAACUUGGGUGAUUUAGAAGAAAUCUCUCCCACUCCAGGCCGACCACCACCUCUGUGUAUAUUCCAAGAAGCCAUCACCUCAGCCAUUAAACAUUAUGACAAUCAUCAUGUAUACCCUUAUACUUACAUGGGUGCCUAUCUUUACAGGAAGCGCUGCUAUAAGGAAGCAAUCAAAUGUUGGGCUGAGGCCUCAAAUGUAAUCAGGAAAUUUAACUACACAAGAGAAGAUGAAGAGAUUUACAAAGAAUUUUUGGAAAUUGCCAAUGAGCUCAUUCCCAACAUAGUGAAAGCUGUCUCUUUAAACACGCUGGAUCGUGCUCAGAUGAACAUUUUAUACAACCCUGAAGUUUAUGCAGAUAUCCUGCGCUUCUAUGACGGAAUCUGUGAAUGGGAGGAAGGGAGCUCUACCCCAGUUUUACAUGUUGGCUGGGCACAACACCUGACUUUUUCUUUAAACAAAUUUGAUCCCAGAACACGUGCUAAAAUUGACGUAGGAAAAGAUGAGGAUGAUGAGGAUAGUGAAAUGGAUGAAAAUGAUGAAAAUGACAAUGAAAGCAACAGUAAGUCUAAGGAUAAGACCAAGCCUCAGAAUGGAGUUCCAGUCUCAACAAAUGAUGGAAAAGAAACUUUAAAGUCGGCACUUGAUGAUUUGAAAAAAGGUGAUUCUACAAAUUCAACACCAUCACAUUUAUUGGGUCAACGGGUGACUGCUAAAAAUCGUAAAGGGCAGCGCAGGAGAAAUUCAAAUGCAUCUAAAGAGUCCAACAUUAAAACUUCUUUAAAUGAAACAGACAAACAAGGAAACUUAGAUGAUAGCAAGAAAGCUGAAGAUAAAAUCAAAUGUACCAUUGAGGAAUUAGCCACAAAAGUAAAUCAGGAGGACAGCUCUGGGAACUCAACAACCAACCCUAACAUAACAGCUCUGGCUCAGCAAUGUAGUCAUAGUAUUCUCAAUAAAGAUUACCUUUUGGGUGCAGGUGAGCCUUUCUCCACAUCUCCCGCAACGCUGGCACCUACAACAGAUGAAGCUUUUAUCAACACCACUAGCUCAACUGGUCACUACACUGGUCCAGAUGCCAGGCUUGAUGUAGAUGAGUUCUUAAGUUCAAAGUCCAAUGGCACUGCAUUCAUCGGCCUAACUAUGGACUCGAUGUUGAAGGCUGAGAGUCCCUCAGAAAUGAUGUUGACCAUGAAACGACCAGAAGAAUCAGCACGACCCUUGCCCCUGCCAUCCCCUUCUCCUUCCCCAACUGCUGAAAUGCUUGCCGCUAUUGGAACAGUCUUUGUGGAUCUCAAGAGUGAGAAAAUGAAAGGUUUGAAAAAAAUGUUUCAAUCUGCUAAACUCAACGCGAGUGCCAUCAAGCUUCAACUAACAGCUCAGUCUCAGGUCCAUGUUAAAGACUCAAGGUUCUUGGAUUUUUGUGAGCCAAUGGGAUCAGCAAGAAAACGACCUCGUCGGGAAAUAGUAUGAAUCCAAUUCCAAUUGCUUUUGGAAGCUAUUUAAACAGGUUAUUAAUAGUUUUAAUACAUGCAAAUUGUAAUUGUUGUUUUUUUUUUAAAUAGCCCUUUGCUUUUUUUUUUUUUUUUUUUUUUUUUUUUUUAUCUCUUGUAAAAUCUAAAUAUUGUUCUAAAAAUUCCAUUUUUGCAUUCUCAUCACUACUGGGUACUGUAAUGAGAAAAUGUACAAUAUGUAUGAGAGGGAGAUAAGUUCAAAGCCCAUUUUAUUGCCAUUUUGUGUUGGUGUUGCAAUGAAAGAACUGCCUUUAUUAUGUUAUCUUAAUAGAGUUUUGUUACCUCAUUGGGCUUUCUGUGUAACUAACAUUGUUUGACUACAAACUGAAAUGGUUGUUUGAAUCAUAUUUGCUUUUAGCAUCUGUUAUUUUAUUGUUAUUGGGGAAAAAAAGCUGAAAAAAAAAAGUCUUUUUUUUUUAAAUUCUUUGUUUGUUUUAAAAAGUGCUAUGGUAUAUUCUUAAUUAAUGUUCUUUAGUAAGCACUUUUUUUUUUACAUUUUUUAAUGAAUGACACUAGAAAUGAAACCACCUAGUUCUUAUUUUUUUAAAGUUAUAUUUUAAAUGUUGAGUAUUAGAUCUGUGACAUGAACAUUUAAUACAAACUUUUUUAACAAAAUUUCUUUUCUCUCUACUUUGCUGUGGAUUCUGCAGCAUUAGGUGGGUGCUGGUGACAGAAAUAAAAAAAUUGAAUGGAUAAUGACCCUUUUCAUAGUACAACCACUUAAAAUUAACUGAAGAUUUGUUUUAACGAUGUCAGUCAAUCAUUUCAGCACUUGUAAAUAGUGCCAGCUAGCAUCGCGGAAUGUCACUUUGUUUUUAAAGGAAAUGUUUAACAAAAUUGUGGAUCAAAUUUGUUUUAUCAUGUAAAACAAGAGUAUACUUUUUUUAUCCCUUUCUAUUUUCUAAGUGGUCUGGCUUUUCCCCCGGAAUCUCUGUAUAUAUGUGUGUAGUCUCAGUAUGUAUAUAUUUGUAUAAAGAGACAUAAAUGUUUUCAACAUAUCCAGUAACCAUUUCCUGUUGUCCGAGAAGUUUGGGAAUCUUUCUUCUUGUUGUUUCUUUCCAUCAUGUCUUGUAUUCAGGACAAGAGGACACAUUGUGCAAGUCGUUUGUUUGACUUGCAGUCACUUUUAUGUCCAUGCUUUUUAAACAGAGGACAUGAACGCUGUACAUAUUUUGUAUACCUUCUAUUUUUGUUGAAACAUUUGUUAUAGUUGACGUCCUGUUGGCCCGGUGCUCUCAGAUUCGUUUGUUCUGCUGUCAGAAACAUUUUAGUUCACUGUCAACUUAUAGCAAUAUAUUUUUCCUCAAAUUUUGAUCACUACAUUUUUAAGGUCCAAGUUUUUAAGAACAUUGGGAUAGAAAAGUACUUUUUCAAACAUAUAGAAAAGAAAAAAACACUCUAUUAUCACCUAUUAUAAUGAGUUAAUUUUGUCAACUCAAACUAAUUGAAAUGUUUAUCUACAAUGUACUGCUACCAGUACUUGAAACAUUUUAUCAUUUACUAAUCUGUGCUUGUCAUUCUUUUAAUGGUUGACUUUAGUGUCCAUAGUAUUGUCUCCCUUGCUUCAGCACAGAAUUGUGUAGUUUUCAUAUCUGUUUUCAAAAUCUAAUGACUGGCUAAAAAAUAGAAACCAACAAAAUUAUCUGUCAAUAUUUGAUGUCUUGUUUACUCCACAAAACUUAAUGCUCUACUGUUUGUACUUGGAGUAGAAUGUUGAGGACAUUUUGAAUUAGAAGUAUAAGACUAAAAUCAUCUGAAAUUCCCACAAGUUAUCACUAGCACCACAGUUGAUUAUCUGAAGUUAACUUAAUUUUGAGUGCAGAAAGAGAUUAUCACUCAAGGAUUUCUGAUUAAGAAUAUAUAUAUAUAAUGGUUCUCCUAGUAGCAAUAUCGGCAAUUAAUAAAUGAACAGUUAGGUGUGUGGUUUAAAAAAUAAUGAAUUCUCAGCCAAUCCAUCUGCCACUUGAGUAUCUGUAGCUGAGACAAUGUUUUCAAAGAUUCUUUCUGUAAAUUGCAGUGAUUCAUUUUUUUUUGUAGCAUUGAAAUAGUAUGCUCUUUAACUGGUUUGUUUCUUUGUAGUCAAUAUCAAUCUUCAAUUUCUUUCAUUCAUAUAAUGCAUGUAUUAACAAAAAGGCUGUUGAAAAAAAAAAACUAAAAAAAAAAUAGUUUCUGUUUACACUAAAUAAAUGUGAGGUUUAUUAAUGUCUCUACAAUUAUGUUAGUUUGAAAAGCUUUUCAUUUGCCCUUGUUUUAGUGAAAUAUCACAGCUUACUUGAUCAUGUUUUGUAUUUCAGACUUAAAGAUGUUUUUAAUAAGCAUGUGUAUAAUAAAUAUUCAGUUACUACGUCCAAGACUCAUUUCAUUUCAUAUAAUAGAACCAUUCAGUAAUCUGUUAUAUAUAUUGUAUCAGGAGUUAAGUAAAAACAAUGAAAAAAAAAAAGGUUCAUUGGUUGGUUACAUUUUAUUUAACUAGGUUUUAUUGUAACUUAAGCCACACACUUAAUGUACAUGUACAUUAUACUGUACAAGUAAAAAGUGGCUCAUUCUCUUGUUUUACACUUGUCUUUGUAAUGUUGACCACUACAGAAUAUUCUCUUGCCUGGACAUGAACAAAUCCAAACUAUUUUUGUGUAUCUGUGUAAUUGUUACUUCAAAGUUUAAGCUAGUCACUUGUUAUUACCAAUGGACUUUGUCUAUGUGUCUCAGCUGUUUACAUUGAAUCUAUCAUUGUUUAUGCUUCAUUUGAACAUUUUGCUUCUUUUCCUGUUGCUGUUCUAUCCAAAAAAAUACAAUCAAAAAAUGUAUUCACUGGUGGUUUUUUUUUUUUUUUUUUGUUUUUUUUUUAAAGUUGAAAACAAAAAAUAAAAAGUUAGUUUGAUUAAUACAUUUGGUAAGCUUAAUGACAGCACUAUUCAACUCACGGAUACUGGUCUUGCUAUUUCUUUAUGCUAGUGACUUUCACUGUUUAGAAAUAAGUCUUUUUGUAUUUGUUUCAACUAGGAUUAGAAGUGUCAAAAUUAUAUGUUCAUUAUGUUACUAACAUUCCGUUAUGAUAGUAGAUAAAAUUGAUGUAUCAUAUUUUUGUUUUAGGAAAGGGACAAACUUUUGUUGGCUAUUCUGGCUAGUUUUUUUUUACCAUGAUUCCAUCUUUUAUAAAUAAAAAGAAAAACCUUUUUGAAAAUAGUUUGAUGAAUAUCUUCCAUAUUUUUCAACUUUCAGUAUAAUCAUAUAAACAUAAAUAUUAACUCAAGGAAAAUUGUGUCAAACUAAAUCAGACAAAAAAAAAAGGGAACAACUUUCCUAAUUUCAUUACUAACCAGAAUGUACUCAUCACUUAUCAGGAAAUUUUAGACACAGUACAUUAUGUCCUUUAUAGUGGGUACAACUCAUUUCGAAAUGUGUAAACUUGAAGAAAUAAAUGAUCAAAUGUCAGUUGUUGUUUUUCUGAAUUGUUUAAAAUUGUUAACAUCUUUUAUGGUCCUUUUAUUUUAUUUCUUCAAAAACAUUUUUCACUUUGGAGUUGGCAAGGGAGAGAAAACAAUUUUAGUUACGGGUAUUUCCAUUCGUUAAUAUAAUUUUUCUUGUUUUAUUCAUGGCAAGUAGAUUUAUAUUGAUUCUUAUCUAGAUAAAUGAAAAGGACAGGAUUUUGUAACCUGUUUGUAAGUUCCAAGAUUGAAAAGAACUUCACUUCUCCUUCCCUUGCUUCACACUUAAGAGUUGCCUUGAGGUCAUCAAGGUUCAAGAUAAACAAAAAAAUAUAAGAAAUUGUGGAAUCCAAAUACCAGUAACUGUAGAGGAAACAACUUACUAAUAGAGCUAGACACAGUACAUUAUGUCCUAUAUAGUGGAUACUAUUGAACAUUUAAAUAAUUCAGACAUCAAUAUUUUAUAAUUUUGACUGUAUAUAUGUAUUGUUUUUUUUGUUUGUUGUUGUUUUCAUAUCAGUUUAAUAAUAUGAACAUUUGUCUUACAAUUAUAUGACACUUUUACCAGAUGUUUUGUCUAUUGGAUUUACCUAAAUGCCAACUCAGAGAAGUUAUUGUACAUAUUGUUUAGUGUUAAUAAGUUUUCAUCAAGAUUUUUGUCAUGCUUGAUUUUCAGAUUCAGUUUGUACCUACUGCUUGUCUUAUUAUGUGUCCCUGGUGUAGCAAGUGAAUGGUACACAAUUUGAAGGCUUUGUUUUCUAGAAACUCUCAUAAACCCUGUAACUUCUGUCUAACCUUUUCCAACUCUAUUUUUUUUUCUUUGGUUGGCAGAAAAGCUAUUGUACUGGCAAACCAUCAUCUUGCUUAUUUUUAACUCCCCUCAUGAGAGUUCCAUUGCAAUACAUACUUGAACAUAGUUUAGCACAAGGUCCAUUCAACACCACUUGCACUACUUGUUUAUCUAGUCAUACAUGUUAGUGAUUAUUUCAUUAUGUCAUUGGUUUUCUUGGCUUAUUAAAACAACCCAAGACGUAGUCAGGUUUGCAUCUUAUGGCAGGGUUCAGUUAUCCUUCUCUUUCAUUUAGUGUCCCACUUUUGUUACACAUUGUAUUGUGCUGGUCAGUGAGGGUUCUGUUUUAGUUGUUUUGUUCUGAUGUGGACAAAAAUAAUUAAAUUUGCACGCAAAAUGUUUAGUACUCAUUGGGACAUGACUAGCUGUACAAAAAAUGAGCUGGUUUUCUUUUUGGUUAUGUUACGGUUACACUAGACAGACUAGUAACGCUAACAUUCCUUCAAUGCCUCCUAAUAACCCUCAUUGCAUUGAGUUGAACCUCUGAGUUCUACACUAACAUCAUAACCAUGGGCAGUUAAUCAAUAUUUCACGUAGUGAAGUAGCUGACACUAGUUUUGCCCCUUUUAUCUUCAUAAUUUGUUGAGUUCCUGUUUUUGUUUAAGACAUCACCAGUAUCUGUGAUACGAGUUUGUUUGUUUUUUUAAAACCUAAUGUUUUAACUCCUCAAUUGUGGAAAAAAAACAAGUCCAGCCUGUUCACGUUUUGUUGAAGUAAUCAAAUAUUUCUUAGUUGUUUGUAUUGUACAUCCAAAACAUUAUCAAUUUGGUUUUUUUUUUUUUGUCAUUGCAUACAACAAAAACACAAUUCAAUCAAGAACUUACUUUUUUUUUUUAAGUGAGCUACUCUUGGUUUCUUAUUAUUGCUGGGUUUUUUUUAAUAAAUAAAGUAAGUUUUUCUCCUUGAUUUGUUCCAACACAAUGUUACUGUGAAUGCUUAUCCUUCUUUACCUGUAUAUAAUGGUUGAAUGCUGCACUAUUCUGUUCUUGUUUAAAACAAAAUGUGUUAAUAUUUCUCUUUUUUUUUCUUUUUCUGUCAUUUAUGUCGUUGGUUGUACAUUUAUUUGUCUUCUGAUAACUUGAAUUCUGGGCUAUAGACGUAGCGCCACAUUUUUGAAUAAUUAAUCUUGCGAGCAUUUCUAUUUUCCAUUAUGUAGAAAGCCAAUAGCACCCACGAUGACAUUGCUCACCUUUUGAGUGAGGUCAACACGUUUUGAUUUACAUUUACUGUAUAUUGUUUAUUGUCAUGCAUGAAGCUUGUAAAAAAAAAAAAAAUUUCCAGAAUGAAUAACCGUUGUAAGUUUGUUGAUGUAAUAACUAAAUAUCUCAAUGUGUCUAUACAUUUGAUAGAUUUUUAACAUAUUAACUCCUCAGGUAGGACUUUUGGAUACCUGAUACUAAGUAGGCUCUAGAUGUUAUAUGUUUUAUCCCCUCCCCCCUUUUUUUAUUAUUAUAUUUAAGUUUUAACUUCAAUGUUGACUAUAUAUCAUAUUGUCUAUAUUCUCUAUUGCAUGUUUCAUAGCCAAGGAUUUUCUGAUCUGAUUAUCAAGAUCUUGUUUGAAUUUACAUUGUUUUCAGGGAUAUUUUUUUGAUAAUGCACACAGUUAGAAGAAAUGUUCUUUAUCUUUCAUUUAUUAAAAAAAAAGGAUUCAAUAUAAUAUUGUAGGGAAUGACAUCCCUCCAACCCCAAAAAACUACAGAAAGCUCUAUUUUAUUAAUCAUCUUUUAAGAAUUUUGUUGAAGCUCCAUGGGAUGGGAUGGAAGUCUGCAAAGUUGAGUAGAUGUUUUUUUUUUAAUUUGACUAAAAAAAUACUAGAUACUUUUGGGGCUUUUAGUUAAAAUGAAGUUUGUGUUAUUGAAUAGCAAACCACACACUCAUAAGUUUGUAUUUUCAUUCCAUUUUCUUCUCAACAGUUACAUUUUUGUUGACAUUUUCAUCACAGACACAUGACAGUGACCUGAGUUAAACAUUUUCAUCACAGACACAUGACAGUGACCUGAGUUAAACAUUUUCAUAUUGACUCAAUUUGGUCAUGACUUCAGUCUCAUUCCAUGGUCUACACACAUUUUUUUUUCAUUGUAACAUUGGAUGGCUGCCCUGUGUGUGUGGUAUGCAGUCCACUGUCAUCUUUGUGGUCCCUAGUUCAAACCCCCCUUCUAUCUCCCGACGUCCAGCAGGAGGUUUCCGGUUCGGACAUAAUAAUCUUCCUAUCUGAAGGAAUGUCUCAAAACAUGUUAAACUAAGACUAGUUACUGGUAAAUUAAAAAGAUGACUCAAAUCUAAUGUUUGUUUUAUCUAUGUUGAUGUUAGCUUUAAUUUGAAGGUCCUGAUCUGUAUGUAGCCCUGUCACUAACUAGUGGGUCAUCUCUUGACUUGUUAGAUCCAUCCUUAGAAGUGCAAUCAGUCUCACAGAGUAUUGCUUUGUUAUUUUUACUUAGUGCAAUGUGUCAGUUAACAUAACAAAAUAGAAAUUCUAUUAGAAAUCAAGUGUAUUUUCUUUUGUUUUCUAUUGCAGUGCUUUGAAUGUAUUGAACUGGGUAUAAACCUAGACAUUUAGUUUUCUUUUACUUGAAUACUGUAACCAAAAGAAUAAACGGCACUUGCAUAUAUGUUGUUGUUUGUUUGUUGUUUUUUUUUUGUUUCUUUUUAUAUUGGACACAAUCUCAACUUUUAUUAUUUCAUGCACUCUAUACCUGCAUUGUGUAGUCUAAAUAUUUAGUGCUUGAUAGUUUGAAUGUUGUCAAUCUGGUGUUGCUUAAAUUUGUUGUUGUUGUUGUGUGUCUAAUGUUUUUUAUUCUCCUCAUCUUUUUGAAAACUUGAGAACCUUGUAUGAUUUAUUUUUCUCCUAUGCUGGGUCAUCGUGACAAGACUUGAAUUGCAAGUCAUUAAAAAAUACUCGUUGA